AUGACCCCUCCACCGAACCCUGCUCCAGCAGGCAGGAGGUUGCUUGGAGGUGUGGGGUGGGUGGACAGCACAGGGGGAAGGUGCCCGAGCAGGGUGCCAGGGUGGGCUGUUCAGCAAGGAGACCCCCCCAAAAGCAGCCCCUGUGUGAGCCCCCCCUGCUGUCCCCUUGCAGAGAGGACAGGGAAGGUGCUGGGGGAGUUCUGCCGCUGCUACCAGGAGCAGUUCGGGGUCGCACUCUUCAACAGCGUCCGCUAUGAGAUCGAGGGCAGUGGGGGGCCACAGCCACAGCUGCUCCACCGCAAGGUCCCACUGGAGGACCACGUCAUCUACUCAGGCAACAUCUUCCAGUACAUCGAGGAGAACAAGAAGUGGAGGAACCGCUUCUGCGUGGUGCCACACAACUAUGGCUUGGUCCUCUACGAGAACAAACUGGCCUACGAGCGGGAGCUGCCCCCCCGCGUGCUGGUCAACAGCGCUGGCUACAAGGUGCUCACCUCCGUCGAGCAGUACCUGGAGCUGGUGAACAGCAGCCUGCCUGGUGUGACCCCCAAGUCGGGGCAGGCUCCCAUCCUGAAGUGCCCCACGGAUUUCCCCCUCAUCCUCUGGCACCCCUAUGCCAGGCACUACUACUGCUGCGUGAUGACAGGCAAGGAGCAGCAGAAGUGGCGAGCGGUGUUCCAGGACUGCGUGCGGCACUGCAACAAUGGGAUCUCCGAGGACUCCAAAGUGGAGGCUCCAGCCUUCACGGACGCCAUCCGCAUGUACCGGCAGUCGAAGGAGCAGUUCGGCACCUGGGACAUGCUGUGUGGCACCCAGACCCAGGUCCUGAGCAACCUGGUGAUGGAGGAGCUGCUGCCCGAGCUGAGGAGCACCAUCGGCCCCCGGCUGAAGGGCAAGGCCCAGGAGCGCCAGAGGACCUGGAUCCAGAUCUCAGAUGCUGUCUACAGGAUGGUCUAUGAGCAGACCAAGGCCCAGUACGAUGCAGUGAUGGCCAAGUGUGAGCAGGAGAGGCCCCAGAUGGAGAGCAUCAUCCGCACAGACAUGGACCAGAUCAUCACUUCCAAGGAGCACCUGGCCAGCAAGAUCCGAGCGUUCGUGCUGCCCAAAGCAGAGGUCUGUGUCCGUAACCACGUCCAGCCCUACAUCUCCUCCAUCCUGGAGGCCCUGAUGACCCCCACGAGCCAGGGCUUUGCUGAGGUCAGGGAGGUGUUCUUCAAGGAGGUCACAGACAUGAACAUGAACAUUGUCAACGAAGGUGGCCUGGAGAAGCUGGUGGAGUACAUGGAGAAGCUGUCCCACCUGGCCUUCCACCCCGUGAAGAUGCAGUCCUGCUAUGAGAAGAUGGAGCAGCUGAAGCUGGAGGGCCUGCAGCAGCGCUUUGACGUCUCCAGCACAUCUGUCUUCAAGCAGAGAGCCCAGAUCCACAUGAGACAGCAAAUGGACGACGCAGUGCACACCUUCGAGACGCUGCUGCACCAGGAGCUGGGCAAGCUGCAGGGCAAAGAGGAUUUGUGCAAAUCCAUCCAACGCAUCCUUGAGAGGGUGCUCAAGAAGUUCGACUACGACAGCAGCACCGUGAGGAAGAAGUUCUUCAGGGAGGCCCUGCUGCAGAUCACCAUCCCCUUCCUGCUGAAGAAGCUGGCUCCAACCUGCAAGGGGGAACUGGCCAAGUUUCAGGAGCUGAUCUUCGAGGACUUUGCCAGCUUCAUCCUGGUGGAGAACACCUAUGAGGAGGUCGUGCUCCAGUCAGUGAUGAAAGACAUCAUGCAAGCUGUGAAGGAGGCGGCGGUGCAGCGCAAGCACAACCUGUACCGGGACAGCAUGGUGCUGCACAACAGCGAUCCCAACCUCCACCUGCUGGCCGAGGGCCUCCCCAUCGACUGGGCCGAGGAGUACAGCGGGCAGCAGGAGCCCGAGCCGGGCACCGACCGGCGCCGCAGGGCCAAGCAGGUGGUGUCUGUCAUCCAGACCGACGAGGGGGUCCUGCCCUACGAGGUGGGCGCCCAGGAGCUGCUGCAGCCCGGCUCCCCGCAGCAGCCGGAGCCCGCGGCGGCCCCCGGCUGCCCGGAUGGGGUGCAGAAGAUCCGGGAGGCGCUGGCAGAGGAGAGCCUCGGGGGCGGAGGUGAAGCGGAGGAGCGGCUGACGAACGGCACCGGCGGCGUGCAGGACAGCGGUGCCAGCAGGGAGGAGGCGCUGGUGGCAGCAGGCUGUGUGCCAGGUGAUGUCCCCCUGCAAGGGGCAGCCAGUCAGGGGGUCAGGGUGCACCGCAGCGCACCGGCGUCACCUGCAGCUCCACCAGCAGCUGAGGUGCAGCAAGCAUCACCAGCAUCACCCCUGCCUGCAGAUGAUGUGCCAGCAGGGGCCAGCAUGCAGCAUGCUGCACCAUCACCCAGGCCCAGAGCUGAUGUCCCAGCAGAGGCCAGCAUGCAGCAGGCCAUCCCAUCACCCAAACCCAGAGCUGAUGUCCCAGCAGAGCCCAAGGUGCCCCAUGCUACACCAGCAUCCCCCGCCCCUGGAGCUGAGCCCCUGUCCCCAGCCCCUGGGCCAGCCUGCCACCAGCCCAGUGACAAGGAGACAGGUGAGGAGGUGGCCUGCCCGAGCAGCCCUGGGCAGCCCAUGGGCACGACAGAGAGCGGUGAGGGGGUGCAGACCGAGUUCUAG